CGCUUUGGUGAAAGUUGUUGUUACAAUUCAUUUUAACGCCCUUAACAAGAUGAAAGAAGCUUCAACCAGAAAAUGUAUCAAGAUAUGAAAACAUAGGAGGAGAAACGAAAGAAAGGUAUCAAGAUAACGGCAAUAUGACGACUAUAAUGAUACAUAAAUGAGUGUUUUUGGUUCCCUUAAGCCUAAAAAUUGGACUCCGCCUGAUUUAAGAAGAAAAUUCAUUGACUUGGAAAGACAGUGAAACAGAAAGAGAAAGACAACUUGCUGAAAGUUGACGAAACUUGGAGUAAGCCUUUCUUUCCUGAUCAUUUGAUAAUUGUCGACAUUCAAGAAAAUCCAUAUAAUCUAUCCAUAAGCUUGUUGACCAUCAAUCGGUUUUGUUGUUUUUCUCUCUCUCGUUCAUUCUGCAGUUUCAAUAAUCAUUUCAAUAUGACGGCAAAUCGGAAUUUAAUAUCUUGUGCUUUGUGGUCUUUUUACUCCCUUUUAUUGGUACUUCAACCAUCUUCAGUCUUUUCAUCAUCUUCUUCAGGUUACUCAUCUCACUCAAAUAAUGACAAAGAUUUGGUCUCAGCACCAUCAGCUUAUGCUAAGCAAGUAAAACGUGAUGAUCAACCCAAAUUUUCAAUUGGUCUGGGUACUCUGUCACCCUCAUAUACCCAAAAGCUUGGACCUGAUGGCAAAACAAUGUUGGACUUUAAUACCGAUAAAAACGGUUUCUCUUAUUCAAUCAGCAAUGUUAACCAUCAAUCCAGUUUAACCCAAUCUGGUAGCGAAAACAAAGCAACCAAAGAUCCAGGACAUAUUGAUCAAAACUUGAAAAAUCACAAUCUUAAUCCAUACAACUAUUAUCAGAACCCAGGAUCACCCAAUAUCAAUGUCUACCACCAACAAGGCUAUUCAGCUUAUCCUCAACAAGUUAACGCUUUAGCUCAAAUGUAUGGUGCAGGAGCCCCUGGUUUUAACCAGCCCUCUGGUCCUGGUCUAUUACCCUUCUCAAGUCCAGGUCAACAAGGCGGUCAAUACUAUCCAGGCCAACCUGGAGGUUAUCCCGGAGGAUUGGGAUCAAACGGUUUCUUCCAACCCAAUAAUGGUUACACAUCAAACAUUUCCCCAAAUCAAGGAAACAAUUCACCAACCACAGCCGCCUCUUCAACUAAACCUGAAGCCAAGGAGGAUGCAAAAUCUUCAAGUGAAACCACAACAUCAUCUCCUUCCUCUGGUCAAUUAAACACUUUACCCGGUGGAAUUUUCAACUAUGGAUUCAGUCAAAACCACGGUAUGGCACCCCAAGGACCAGUUAACUAUCCAAUGAAUUAUCCCAUUAAUCCAUAUUUCGGAGCUUCUGGUGGACCAGCAAAUCAAGCCAAUGUUAAUGGUGUAACAUCAACAGCUAUUAAUCACGGCUCUGGAGCUAAUCCAGCCCUUGGCUCUGGUCCUGCCGGUAUGAAUGGCAUGUACGGCUCACCAUAUGGUUUUGGUAUGGAUCCUUACUCAAUGGCAGCUAUGUCAGGUUAUGGCGGUGGACCUAGUGAUGCUUACAGUGGCUAUGGUGGUUAUGGUGGUAAUGGCGGUUUAGGAGGAUCAGGAAUGAUGGGCUCAGCUAGCUCACCUUAUGCAUCUCUUUUCCCUUUCCUUUAAAUUAGUUAACUUUUACCCACCUUGAUAAAGUAACUCACCUUUAUGCUGAUCUUUCUCUCCUCUCUAAAAAUUCAUCUCAUCACAAUUGCAUCCAUUUCAAUUUAGAUGAUUUAAAGUAUACUUUUCAUUGACUUUAAUUCUUCUUCAUCCACUAAUUAAUUUUCAUUUGUAUUCUAUCAUAAUCUGCUACUUGUUUACCUCUAAUUGAAUUUUAUAAAUUUGACCAAAAUCUAUUUAAGUUUUCUCUGGUUUCAAAUUUUUUAUUAAAACAAUCUUUUCCUAAACAAA